AUGUCAGACGCACAAAGACCACAGAAACGAAACAUGCUGGAAUCCCAGAAAAAGGCAGAAGAUUUUAACGGUGAAAGGAGGGGUGAUGCUGGUUAUAUGGCGUACAAAUCGGAAGAAUGGUGCCGGUACUAUCCCAGUGAAUACAAAAAAGCGACAAAGGUACAUAUUAACUGUCUCAAGAUGAAACUGGAGGCAUCUGAGAAUAAACUAAAAGAACUUCAGAAAUGUUACUUUAGCACCAAUAAUUCAGGGAACAUAGACAAUCUGAUAACCCAACUGGCCGAAUCUGAGAAGAAAGUAAAUGAGCUCGAAGCCAACAAAACAAUUUUAGAGAAUACCAUUAAUGAUCUGAAAGAAAAGCAUCAUACGCUUGCAAUGGAUUCCUACAACUACAAAACUGAUUCAGAGAUCACCAUUAAUAACCUGAAGAAACAACUGGCAGAGGCUUGUUUACCACAAAACCUGCAGGAACAAAGUAGCCAACCUGCUGCAGAACUGAGUGCAGAGCCUUCCUGCCGAGCCACGAAGGCUUCACAGACUGACUUCAAAUCUGCCAAAAUGGCUGACCUUGAGCUCAAGUGUGGCAAACAACAAGCGCAGAACCAACAGCUCCAACAGCAGCUCCAGGAAUCUCAGAGACAACUGGAGGAGCAGGCAAUUCAACACAGACAGGAGCGAGAGAAAUUCCAGUCUGAAAUGAAUGAGGUAAAAUCCCUGCUCGCUAACUACAAGGACCUUCAUGCUUUCUACCUAAAAAUCAUGAAGGAGGAGAAUGAAGAAAAGAGCAGCAUGGGAACUCGACUGGAAAAAGCAGAGGCAGAGAAGGAAUUACUGCCGCAGACUGUGGAGCCUCUGCAGAAAAAGCAAGGCACAGAGCAAGGAAAGGAAGGAAAAGUGGACUUGGAGCCUGCUAAAGAGAAGCAUGGGAACUCGACUGGAAAGAAAGGAAAAGUGGACUUGGUGCUGCAGACUUCCUUGUCUCUCCAGGAGCCUGCCGAAGAGAAGCAAGGCAUGGAGCAAGGAAAGGAAGGAAAAGUGGACUUGGUGCCGCAGACUUCCUUGUCUUUGCAGGAGCCUGCUAAAGAGAAGCAAGGCACGGAGCAAGAAAAGGCAGGAAAAGGAGACUCACUGCUGGAAACUGUGAGAUCUUUGCAGGAGUCUUUGAAAACAAAACAAGGAAAUGAGAAGAUCCUCAUCGCCAAGCUGGAGAAGCUUGAGGAACAACCCAAACAGAAGAAGAAGAAGCGCAAUUGGCUGCUUAGGCUCUUCAACAGAAACAAGUCCUAA